UCUUAUGUCGAGUUAAGUCGAGAGCUGCUGCCGAGUAAGUCAUGGCGGGGAAAGGGCUUCAUCCACGGCACUCCCAAGCAGAGGAACCUGCGAAGUGAAAACACGCGGGGACAGAAUCUUAUCAGGAUCUUUGGGGAAGCUGGGUAACUUAACGCGCGUGGCGAUUUUCCGUGCAAAGUAAAGAUCCAUGUAACAGGUCACUUACUGAUAGUAGUAAGUAAUACAGAUUGGAAAAAAGAUUUUAGAAAUGGCUUCUCUUUGAAGAAUUUGCAUAAAUGAAAAAACAUUUUAUGCUUGAUUGAUAAGAUAGUUUGUAUGAGUUCCGGAGAAGAUGGCUUAUGUUAGCUCAAAGGAAUUUGUACUAAUAUGUGGAGUAGUGGCUGCUUGCUACUGGAACAGUCUAUUUUGUGGCUUUGUUUUUGAUGAUGUUUCCGCCAUUUUGGACAAUAAAGAUUUGCAUCCUUCAACUCCAAUUAAGAAUCUUUUUUUGAAUGACUUCUGGGGAACACCCAUGUCUGAGGAGAGAAGUCAUAAGUCAUAUCGACCCUUCACUGUCUUCACAUUUCGUUUGAACUAUCUUUUCAGUGAAUUAAAUGCUAUUUCUUACCACUUCCUGAACGUCAUCUUCCAUGCAAUUGUUUGUAUUAUCUUCCUCAAAGUCUGUAAGCUUUUCUUAGACAAUAAAAGCAGUUUGGUUGCAUCUUUACUAUUUGCAGUGCAUCCCAUACAUACUGAAGCAGUAACUGGUGUGGUGGGCAGAGCAGAACUUCUCUCCUCAAUUUUUUUUCUAGCUGCUUUUCUGUCCUAUACCAGAUCCAGAGGGCCUGAAAACACUAUAGUGUGGACUCCUAUUGCAGCAACAGUUUUUUUAGUGGCUAUUGCUACAUUAUGUAAGGAACAAGGAGUAACGGUGGUGGGGAUAUGUUGUGUCUAUGAAGUAUUUAUUGCUCAAGGGUAUACUGUGCCAAUUCUUUGGUAUACAGCGUUACACAUUCUUCGAGGCAAAGGCAGCAUUCCCUACUGUAUGCUUCAAAUGUUAUUGAAACUAAUUGUUCUGAUGUUCAGUACCCUACUACUUGUUGUGAUCAGAGUUCAAGUUAUUCAAUCCCAGUUACCGGUGUUUACAAGGUUUGAUAACCCAGCUGCUGUGAGUCCAUCUCCUGUGAGGCAGUUGACUUUCAAUUACCUUCUUCCAGUAAAUGCUUGGCUGCUUCUAAAUCCUUCUGAAUUGUGUUGUGACUGGACAAUGGGCACCAUCCCAUUGAUAGAAUCCGUGCUAGAUGUAAGAAAUGUUGCCACUGUCACCUUCUUCUGCUUUUUGGGCACUUUGGUGGUCUUCAGUCUCCGGUAUCCUGGGGAUUCCUCCAAGACUGUAUUAAUGGCACUUUGUUUAAUAGUUCUGCCAUUCAUCCCAGCGUCAAACCUUUUUUUCCCUGUUGGCUUCGUAGUAGCAGAACGAGUGUUAUAUGUUCCCAGCAUGGGAUUCUGCAUGCUAGUUGCUCAUGGGUGGAAAAAGCUGUCAAGUAACAGUACUCUGAGAAAGCUAUCAUGGAUUUGUUUGUCUUUGGUUUUGUUCAGUCAUGCUUUAAAAACAUUGCAGAGGAACUGGGAUUGGGAAUCGGAAUAUACAUUAUUUAUGUCUGCUUUAAAGGUAAAUAAGAACAAUGCCAAACUCUGGAAUAAUGUGGGUCAUGCUUUAGAAAAUGAAAAGAACUUUGAAAGAGCAUUGAAUUUCUUCAUACAGGCCACCCAAGUGCAGCCAGAUGAUAUUGGCGCCCAUAUGAAUGUAGGAAGAACUUACAAAAAUUUAAACAGAACCAGAGAAGCAGAAGAAUCCUAUUUAGUUGCAAAAUCAUUGAUGCCACAGAUUAUUCCAGGUAAAAAAUAUGCUGCACGUGUCGCUCCUAACCAUCUGAAUGUUUACAUAAACCUUGCAAACCUGAUUCGGACAAAUGAGUCUCGUCUUGAAGAAGCAGACCAAUUGUAUCGUCAAGCCAUUAGCAUGAGGCCAGAUUUCAAACAGGCCUACAUUAGCAGGGGUGAACUACUUCUGAAGAUGAAUAAACCCCUGCAAGCUAAAGAAGCUUACCUAAGGGCUCUUGAAUUGGAUCGAAGCAAUGCAGACCUAUGGUACAACUUGGCAAUUGUUUAUAUUGAACUGAAAGAUCCCUCUGAAGCUCUGAAAAACUUCAAUCAAGCAUUAGAACUGAAUCCUAAUCACAAACUAGCCUUGUUCAAUUCUGCACUAUUGAUGCAAGAAUCUGGUGAGGCCAGCCUUAGGCCUGAAGCUAAAAAGAGACUUCUAAGUUAUAUAAAAGAAGAAUCGCAAGAUGCUAAUGGUUAUUUUAACUUAGGCAUGCUUGCAAUGGAUGAUAAAAAAGAUGAUGAAGCUGAGAUGUGGAUGAAAAAAGCCAUAAAACUACUUCCAGGCUUCCGCAGUGCUUUGUUCAACUUGGCCUUGCUUUACUCUCAGACUGCAAAAGAGCUGAAAGCUUUACCUGUGCUGGAGGAAUUGCUGAGGUACUACCCAGAUCAUACCAAAGGUUUGAUUUUGAAGGGAGACAUUUUGAUGAACCAGAAGAAAGAUAUACAGGGAGCAAAACAAUGUUUUGAGAAAAUUCUGAAAAUGGACCCAAACAAUGUACAAGGAAAACACAACCUCUGUGUGGUUUACUUUGAAGAACGAGACUUACUAAAGGCAGAAAAAUGCUUAGUGGAAACACUGGCCUUAGCCCCACAUGAGGAAUACAUUCAACGCCAUUUAAGCAUUGUUCGAAGUAAAAUUGGUUCCCUCAGACCAGGGGAGGCAAGUGUGACUCAUACUGAAAAAGUAGCAUCUAUGGAAGAAAAAAAAACUCCGUCUGAACACUUGAAAGAGGUAAAAAAUGAGCAAAAAAACCCUCAGACUACAAACUCUAAUGGCAGCAAGGAGCAGAGGAAAUCCAAAAAACAUGGAAAUAAGAACUCUACAGACAAAGAGACAAAAAAGAAAUCGACAAAGGAAAUAAAAGAGAUAGAGAAAAAAAGAGUUGCUGCACUGAAAAGACUGGAAGAGAUUGAACGUAUAUUAAAUGGUGACUAAUUACUUGGAGCACCACUGUAAGGGAAACUGGCAUCUAUUUUGCAGAUUUUACAUGUGCGUUGCAUGUGUUUUCAAAGUGAUCACAGGGUGCUUUUGAAUUUGGAAAGUAUAUUGAAAUGUUAACUAAAAUUGAAGAAGCUGCAAAAUGAAUAGGAAAAGCCAUGACUUUUAAUCAAGGAUGCUUGGUUAAGGAGUUGCACAUAACUAACAUACAAGGACUUUUCCAGCAAUGGAAGCUAUGUUCUAAUAUUGCUGAUUAGAAGAAUAGCUUAUUACUCCAGAAACAAAUCUCACUAAACUCCUUAUUUGAAAGCAAGCAUGUUAGAGCUUGGCUGCAAAAUACUUGCAACCAACUAUGCUCAGUUCUUUCUGUUCUCAAAGAACGGUUAAA